CCAGCCAAGUAUAUCACAGGGCGGCGAGUCGGGAGGAGCGAGCUCCGAGCCAAGGGGGGCAGGCAGCCAGGGGUGCGUGGAGAGGCACCGUCCUCAGGCAUCCAGGAAAGGCCGAGGGGAAACUUUCCGAGCCAGGAGGACCAAGCGCUGGGAAGAGGGGCGCAGCGGCUCGAGUGGCAGCCGGAGCCCGGGGCGCUGAGGCAGGAGCCCCGGCUCGGACUCCCGAGACCAGCCCCUCCCUCGCUUCUCUCCCUCCUCCGAGCUCCCCGGCCAUCCACCUGUGCCCUCCUCUAUGUACAAAAUGGAUUACUCCUACCUCAACUCCUACGACUCCUGCAUGGCCGCGAUGGAAGCCUCCGCCUACGCCGACUUCAGCUCCUGCAGCCAGGCGAACGCUUUCCAGUACAGCCCCAUCCGGACCGGCUUUGGGACCAACCCUGGGUGCCCGCCGCUCAGCACGGCCAACUGCACCCUGGGGGCCCUGAGGGAUCACCCGCCUUCGCCUUACUCCACAGUUCCCUACAAGUUCUUCUCGGACCCCUCAGGCAUCAAUGAGAAGAGAAAGCAGAGAAGGAUCAGGACCACGUUCACCAGCUCCCAGCUGAAGGAGCUGGAGAGGGUCUUUGCUGAGACCCACUAUCCAGACAUCUAUACCCGGGAGGAGCUGGCGCUGAAGAUCGACCUCACUGAAGCCAGGGUUCAGGUUUGGUUCCAGAACCGACGCGCCAAGUUCCGCAAGCAAGAACGGGCGGCAAAUGCCAAGGGAGUGAAUGGUGGCUCCUCGGCCAACAAGAAAUCUGACCCGCGCUCCUCUUCGGAAGACGAUGAGUCCAAGGAGUCCAACUGCAGCCCCACCCCGGACAGCACCGCUUCGCUGCCCACCACGGGCAGCCUCAACAGCCCCGGGAGCAGCCUGAGCCCCAGCCCCGGCACGGGGCAGGGCCUCGGACCCAGCCACGCCGCCCAGUCCUUAAAGGCUCCCAUCUGGCCAGGGGUCAGCACCAGCAACGGUGCCACCAACACGGCGGAGCUCCUGAAGGCGUGGCAGCCGGCUGAGGCCAUGCCAGGACCUUUCUCCGGCGUCCUCUCCUCCUUCCACAGGAAGCCCAACGCCCUCAAGACAAACCUGUUCUAAUGACCGGGAACGGACCGCGCCAAACAAACAUUGCCAACUCCUUCGUGUGCCAUCGUGUGCAACAUCAAAUAUCUCCCCCCCUCAGCCCCUUUCCCUAGCUAGUAGUCUCCAAGUUUCCUCUCUCUGUCCGCAGCGCCGGGUAGACCCCCCCUCGGCCCGGCCUCCAGGAAGGCCCCAAUCCUCCCAGGCUAGAGGGAAGUACUGAAACAGACACCCGGCUGAGCCACACCUGCAGCCACCAUUGCUUCUAGCAGUACCCAAGAGGACAAAUGAUGCACCCGCCACAGUGAACUGCCCCUCACCCCACACAUCCCCAGGGAGGUCGACCUCGCCCAGCCAUGGGGUCGGCUUAGCAAGUACCAAGCAGCUUCCCUCGGAGUGGGGACCAGUGCGGCUGGCCAGGCACUCACCUCCGGUAGAACAGCUGUCUGGUGGAUCAGUUCCUGAGGAAGUUGCCCCCCCCCGCACCCCCACAACGCGCACUGGGCUUUAAGAAACAUCACCUUCUGCUGCCACCACUGUUCUCCUGGGGUGCUUAGAUCACAGUGGAAGAGUGGUCUCCUUUUUAAGCUCCUGGGAUGCCAGGGUCCCCUGGGUGUGCAGUGGUCUCCGGAACAGGCCGGGCUUUGCCUCCAUUUAAAUGUCUGUACGUAGGUAGCUAUAUCUAGGGACGGGGGUUACCCCAACAGCCAGCAGCCCAGGGAAGUGGGGGCGUGGAAGGCAGCUAAUCCUGCUGAGAAGCGGGGAGCCUCCCCUAGUGUGCCACUGAGCCGUUAGCCACAGGUGGGGCAGGCGUGGGAAGGUGUUUCGUGGCCCUGUUUGGCUGGAGGCCUACGCUAGCCAUCUCUUGGGUAAGAUGCAGUCAGGGACAAAGCAGAGAGAGCGUUUCUUCAGCUUCCCAUGAGCCCUUAAGGAACCAAGGAAGGGGUGUAACAGCUCUGUGUAGUCCCAGGGAUGCAGGUGGGUGCAGUGGAAAGCUGUGAUCGGACAGUCCCUGGUCAGAAAUAGCCAGCUUCUCUCCCCCAUGCCGUCCAUUCACCUUGACCCCCAUCCUGAGAGGUAGCAGGGCUCCUCUGUCCACUCCGGCUGGAAAACUGGUGUAAGUUCAGCACCAACUCCACCUCACCAUGGGGAGAUGUGGAUGGGCACCACAUGUAGCCCCUUCUGAACCCAUCCGACCAUUUUUGGGGACCACCAGGCCUGGCUCCUUGGGGCCCACUAGUGGAAGGCCCUAGCACCCUCGCGCUUAGACCCAGACUGGAGGGGGCGGCCAUUUUGAAAGACUAUCCAAGGCGAUGCUCUUCCCCACUGACUCCUAGGACUUAACACUGUGAUUGAAAAUACUGCAGCGGGCAGCCGGCGCCCCAUGGCACUGGACUGGUUUCUCCGUCAAGCCAAGCAAACACUCAUUAGCUGGAUCCUUGCGACUCCUUCUCCAUCUCCAGUAGAGGGCAGGUUUGAGGCCACGAGGCACUUUCUUUCGGCUGUGGCCAACGCUCAUCGUUUCUUUUAUUGCUCAAUGUUGAAUUUCAAUCGAGACAUUGCCCAGCGGUGGAAGGAGGGAAGAAAGCACUUUAUGGUGGGGCUGGGCAGGCCAGCCGGCCCUGUGUUGGCAUGUACCUCAUUGGGUGAGCGAGGAGCAGGACGACACAAGCAUGGCGGGGGGCUGCCCACGGCUUCUGCAGACCGUUGCUAGUAGUGCCUGGAUCCACUGUCCCAGACUCUGCUGCCGCAAGGACCCCAGAGAACCAGCAGAGACAGCUGGACCGUGCUCCCCAGGUGCAGAAAGGAAACCAGGCCAAUAUGUUUGUUUAGGACCCCUCAUCCCACUGGAUCGCAAAGCAUUUCACCGACUGUGCACAGAGGCACCCCGGCGCCCGCCACUCAGACGCUGUCCCCCUGUUGUCACUGCUCCUGGACGUGGAGACGAUGCUGUGUGGAAAUGGAGCCGCAGCGGGCAUUUGAGGGAGGUGGGAUGAUGUCACGCUCGAGGUGGGCAAGGACCCCAGGGUUGGUGACUUUCUGGCAGAGAUAAGGGCCAUGGUCCAUGCAUGGUUUUGCCUCUUCCCUGGACGACGACAGCUCCAGCCGCCAGCACUGCUCACUAGCAUGCAGGGUCACGGGGAGCCCCUUGCCUCAGACACGGUGUCGGGGCGUUGACUGACCCCCCCAACACCACAGCAUCUCACCCAGCCACCAGGCUGAGGCAUGGUUUGGGCCUGUCUCCACCAGAAGGACUCCCCCAGCCCACGCACCUGACCACCGGGGUGUCUCUUGAAGAUCUCUGAGCGGGCCCAGCCCUGUUGACCUGGGACGAUCUAAGGAGGAAUGGCUGCAAAGUGCAGACACCUCAGACACUGACGUUAACGCCCAGACGGCUUCUGUGCUGCCGGGCUCGGGCCUCUGGUUUUCAAAGACGCCUGUGGAGAGAGACGUUACUCGUGCCCCUCUUUCCUUGGGUUAGGGUGAGGGCAGAGGGAGCCACAUGGUCUUGCCACCUGCAGACUGUUCCGGAAGCAGACCAUGGGCAAUAUUAACAAGUAUUGAUCAUCUAGGAGCUUGUGAGGCCUAAGAGCUGCUGAGGGAGGGGCAGGGUUGGGGUCUAACCAGAGCUCAAAAAGGACCGAUCCCUGAAUGUCUAUUGCAAGCCCAGAACUCACAGUCGCAGCACGCCCAGCCACUGCCGCUGGGAGUUCCAAAGAUGCCUCAUGCAGUGAGGUGCCCAACCCCCACUGGAAUACUAUAGGAGUUGGGUGCUCGUGCUGGGCAUCCCAGCCCAUGCUGUAGUCGGCACCUGUUGUCACAGAGCAGACACCUGCGGAGGGAGGAAAUGGGUCAGAGGAGAUGCUAGAGACUGCCAAGGUCUUGUCACAAAGCCUCUGGCUUCAGGCAGAUGUUAGCAGAGGAUUGGUCUGGUGUGGCCCUGCUGAGAUUAGAAUAGCUGCGUGAGCUAGGGUGUGUGUGUGUGUUUGUGUGUGUGUGUUCUUCACAGAGAUGGUGGGUGCCGGAUCAGUUCCAUUUGUGGUUACAGCCGGAGCCCGUCCACAUGGACACCUUCACAAAUCUACCUUCCAUUGACUGACAAACUCCUGAGCAUCACGCACGGCCUGUGGCCAUUGACACCGAUGCCCAUCGCAGGCGUUCCUAGCACCGGGGCGGUAGUGCCACUUGUGGGUUCGGCAGCAGGUCACGUCCUUCCCUCGGGUGCAGGAGAACAGAACAAGAAGAGGUAUUCAGCCACUCUCCAGUUACGUGAUGUUGUUGUGCGUUCAGCUAGCACUAGGGGUGAAGGAGAUAUGGGAUUCCAUCCCCAUAGAAUGUAUCUCAGAAGAACCUACCCAUAAUGAACCUCAUCACCGGGGAGAUGCCUGCAUAUGGGGAAAGUAAAAAGGUCGUUAAUGUGGAAGAAGCAAAGUCACUAAGGUCCCCUGCAGAUCUUAGUAAAGGUCUCUGCUGACUUUGGGCACCUCCUCUGCUGGGAGGAACUAAUCACUUUCUGUCCUUAAUGACCAGAGUUGAAAGCAUAACAUCCCAAAGCGCAGCUGGUAGGGUCAAACUCAUGAAUUCAAUGAGCCAUCUAAUCGGGGUGAUGAAGGGUCACCGUCCGACCCCCUUCCAUUGAGCACUAGCUACGCAGACACUGCUCGCUCAUGCUUUUGUGCCUCUCAUGGGUUCUUCCAUUGUCCUCUGCUGGGUUUGGAAGUUCUGCUCCAUCGGUGAGGCCAGGCAAACAGGAUGCAGCAGGGGCCAGGGGAGAAGGCAUAGCCCUAAUGCCACAGGGGCCAGGAGCAUGCUCUUUAUUCAGAGGAGGGGGACGCUUGAGAUCCUACAAGUGGGCUGUUUAUCAGGCAUGGGGUAUCUUGCUGGCUGAGCCAUCCCCAUCAGGAUUGGCUCCGCAGCCCCUUUAGGUGCUGAGGUCCCCUCUCGUUGGAUGCUGUACGACUGUUUUUGUUUUUGUUUUUUUAAACUGUUCUGUAAUUUAUUGAACCCAUUUGCAAAUUAUACUAAUCCAAAUAAAACUUAAUUUAUUGAAGAA